UCACUACAUUCCUUUGUUUGAGUUUAUGAUAACAAUUAAAUUUGUGCCUCCUCAUAAAUUGAUAAUCUUGUUUGACUCACACUAUACAAGCAUUAAUCUUAUCAGUAGAUAUUUACCAAUUAUUACACUUAUCUCUGUUUCACCUCAAUCUAGACGUUCGCAGGUGCUUCCAUCUGAACAAAAUUCCCUUUUCAUUGCUUUGAAAUUUCCAACUUUCGCUCACUUUAGUGCCGCUGGUUUGUCAAAAUGGCCUUAGAGACGAUAGCCUCUAUUAUAGUUAAACUAGUGAAGCUGGUAUUGAACUUUAUCAUCCUGGUUCUCUAUCGCGUGGGCUUCGCUGGCGACUUCUUGGGAGUCGGAGGAACAUGGAACUUGUUCGAGGAGAAGAGCUCAGACGUGGAAAUUAUCGCCUCAGGAGUCUUUGUGGGGUAUUUCGUCUACACCGCAGUGUCCCUGAUCAGUCUCUGCCUUGCCAGCAGCGAAAAUAAAAACACUUUCACGGAUAUUUUGAUGAACAUUGUCGGAGUAUUUCUUUGGAUCGCUGUGGGAGCCACAGCUUUGCACUACUGGCAUGGUUAUCUUAGUGAGCACAAGUACACUUAUGUGAACUCAGAAAGACAGAUUUGGAAUUGAAACACAGUCAGGAAAGUACGUACAAUAUACGUAUAAGGUAAAGUUCAUGGAAAAAUUUUUAAAUCUGUUUUUACGCUUACUAAUUACAAGUACAAAUGAAGAAACAUAUGUAUUACAUUAUUACAUGACAGACUAUUUUAAUCUUGCAGGCUGAAAGGCUUUUAUGGAUUUUGCCAUUUUUUGUUAAAUAAUUACUAUGUUAUGGAUGUACUUGUUUUACCAAUAAAUGUAGUUUGAGGUUGUAGAAUAGUACCCAAAUAGGCUUAAGUGGCUGUUUUUACGAAAAGAAAUAUAUCAAGAGCAAAUAAUCAGUACAAAA